AUGGAGAACGAAGUGAACGUGUGGUGGGUGGACGGGUCGUCGUCCGUGUGCUUCCCCCAGGACCUGUACAAGGUGGGGGAGUACGACUCUGAUGAGGGCGAGCUCUGGGAUGAUGAUGAUGGUGACUCAUCGCUCGGGUCCGAUGAUGGUGAUGAUAAGAGCUGGAGGACUGCCACCGAUGAUGAAGAUGAAGGCAAAGAUGGACCGCAAGGAGGCGAUGUCAGUGACGACAGCAGCCAGGGCUCAUGGGUGGACGACAAGAGCCCUAUGCUCAAGACCCGCCUUGUUGCCAACAUCGAGAAGGCCAGGGUCGUCAUGGGCAGACUUGAGGAAAUAUUCACGCAGAAUCCUGGUCUGCAGUCCACGCAGGUCAUGAAGCAGCUGCUCGACUGCUACAAGGAGUGCAGGUGCGUGAAACCCGCGCUGCGCAAGAAACAGACACCCGAGCGGGGCUCGGACCAAAGCUUUGCGACGGUUGUUAUGCCGCUGCAGAUCCGGACACUAAAGCAGAAGAUGCUUGACGGUGUUGGGCAGUGUAUGACAUUGGCCCUGGGGGCACAGCGCAAUGGCGAUGAUGGUGAACGUGGACGAGAAGACGGCGAGUGCCUGCAUGGAUCCUGCCGCUCGACACGCAAACGCGUCGAGCGGCCAGUGAUGCGUGACGACCUCCAGCAAC